AUGGACAAAAUAAGGGCAGUAAUUAGUGGAGGUGAGAAACCUCCCGUUGACACUGACAACGAUCACAACACAGACUUUGAGGCUGACAGAAAAAUGCCAGAUUUGGAUAUUGUAGUUUCCAAAUCACAAGAAUUUGACCCAGUCACCUCCCACUUGGUUAAUGAUAUUAUGGAAGAUGAAUAUGCUGCUGUCCAUGUUGAAGAUGAUUCUCCUUAUCCAGAAGUUAGAGCAGCUGUUCCUUCUACUGACGACCCAACUUUACCUCAAAAUACCAUUAGAGCCUGGGUUAUUGGUUUGAUAUUGACUACGGUUGGUUGUGGUAUGAAUAUGUUGUUCAGUUUCCAUAGUCCCUCAUUUGCUAUCACCACUUUUGUCACAUCCAUUUUGGCUUGGCCAAUUGGGAACUUUUGGGCAUGGAUUGUUCCUGACUGGAAGAUUUUUGGUGCUUCGUUAAAUCCUGGUCCAUUCAACGUUAAAGAACAUACUAUCAUCACUAUUAUGGCCAACGUUUCUUUUGGUACUGGUGCCGCAUAUGCCACAGAUAUCUUGCUUGCACAAAAUAUGUUUUAUAAAUCAAAUUUUGGUUGGGGGUACAAUUUAUUACUUAUCUGGAGUACCCAAUGUAUUGGGUUUGCUUUCGGAGGUGUUUUGAGAAGAUUUGUUGUUGACAGUCCAGGGGCCAUCUGGCCUCUGAAUUUGGUCACCGCAACAUUCUUGACUAAUAUGCACAUUAACGAAAACCACACUGCUAAUGGCUGGAAAAUUUCUCGUCUUGCAUUUUUUGUGAUCGUGUUCGUUGCCUCAUUUGUUUGGUAUUGGUUCCCAGGUUAUAUUUUCCAAGCUUUAUCGUAUUUUUCUUGGAUCACCUGGAUUAAACCAAACAAUGUCAUUAUCAAUCAAGUUUUCGGUUCUUCAUCUGGAUUAGGUAUGAUUCCUAACAACAUUGCCUUGGACUGGAACCAAAUUGCAGGGUAUAUUGGGUCUCCAUUGAUUCCACCAGCUAGUGUUAUUGCUACAAUUUUUGGAUCCAUUGUGGUUAUUUUCUGGAUUGUUGUGCCAGCUAUUCACUAUUCCAACACUUGGUACUCCCAAUACUUGCCAAUCUCAUCUACUGGAUCGUUUGAUAGGUUCCAGCAAACUUAUAAUGUGUCAAAAAUUAUCGACCAUAAAACUUUAUCAUUCAAUGAAGCGGAAUACAAAAAGUACUCCCCUUUGUUUUUAUCCACCACCUUUGCCAUUUCUUAUGGGUUAUCGUUUGCCUCCAUUUUAGCCACUAUAACACACACCAUUUGCUUCCAUGGACGUGACCUUAUCGCGUCGUUGAAGGCCAAAGAAAAACCAGAUGUUCAUAAUAGAUUAAUGAAAGCAUACAAACCAGUGCCUGAAUGGUGGUACCUAAUUGUCUUCUUGGUCUUUUUCGGUAUGUCCAUAGCCACCGUACGUGCUUGGCCUACUGAAAUGCCAGUAUGGGGGUUAGUUUUUGCUCUUAUCAUCGCUAUCAUAUUUUUAUUACCCGUUGCUAUCAUUUAUGCAAAAACGAAUAUUGCUGUUGGUUUGAACGUUGUGACAGAGUUCAUCGUCGGUUAUGUACUCCCCGGGCGUCCAAUAGCCAUGAUGCUUUUUAAAACAUUCGGAUACAUCACUAAUAACCAAGCUGUUACUUUUGUGCAGGAUAUGAAACUUGGGCACUACAUGAAAAUAGAUCCGCGCACUUUGUUUUGGGCGCAGUUUGCUGCUACCAUAUGGGGAUCGUUAGUUCAGAUCGCAGUUUUGGAGUGGGCCUAUGGUGCAAUCGACAAUUUGUGUGCUGCUGACCAAAAAAAUCAUUACACAUGUCCAAACGGUAAAGUUUUCUUCAAUGCUUCGAUCAUUUGGGGUGUCAUUGGACCCCAACGUCAAUUCUCACAUGGGCAGAUUUAUUAUGGGUUACUUUUCUUUUUCAUCAUUGGUGCUGUGACCCCUGUCAUCAAUUGGUUGAUCUUGAAAAAAUGGCCAAACUCUCCAGUCAAGUAUUUGCAUUGGCCAGUGUUCUUUUCUGGGACAGGGUACAUUCCUCCAGCCACUCCAUAUAACUAUACCUCCUACUGUGCUGUGGGUUUGUUCUUUGGAUGGUGGAUUAAAAAGAAGUGGUUCCACUGGUGGUCUAAAUACAACUAUUCCUUGUCUGCGGGCUUGGAUAUUGGUUUGGCAUGGUGCUCGUUGAUCAUUUUCUUGUGCUUGAGUUUAACAAACACCGACUUCCCAUCGUGGUGGGGAAACGAUGUGAUCAACACCACUCUCGACACUCAGGUUGUCACCAAUAUCAGACACAUAUUGAAAGAGGGAGAGGCAUUUGGGCCAUCUUCCUGGUAA